AUGACUGAGAACAAGGAUAAACACGCCGCCAGCAGUGGCGGCAGCACAGAAAUCGCCAGCAGUCACAACAAUAACGUGCAAGGCCAAAGCACGAACGAUGGCGGCGGCGGCAUCACCAAGCCGAAGGAUAAGAAAUAUGACAACGAAACGACAGUCGCGCUGAGGGAUACGCAACUAGAGCGCGAAAAGGAUAAAGAGCCGCAUGACAGAUGCGCUCACAAGGAUGAAUUUGGCACGCAACGUGUCUACAAGAAGACUUCACCAAAUUGUGUGCUCACACUCUAUUUACCCUCGCGAGAGAUCACACUUUCCGGCAAUAAUCCAGCUAUAUUGCGUGGCAUUAUUUAUGUAGAUCCCAAGGCGAUACAAGGUUACAGAGUUUAUGCACAAUUGACGUUGACUUUCCGUUAUGGCCGCGAGGAUGAGGAGGUGAUGGGUUUGCGUUUCUGUAAUGAGGCUAUUAUGUCGCUACAUCAGGUCUGGCCAAGAAAUGAGGAGCCGGCGCGUGAGUCACUCAGUCCACUGCAGGAAGCCUUAGUGAAGCGGCUUGGCGAUGGUGCACACCCAUUCACACUCACCCUAACCCCACAGGCGCCGCCAAGUGUGCAAUUAGUGCCGGCAAAACGUUACUAUGGCGCACCGAUCGGCACCAGCUAUGAUGUGCGCUGCUUUAUAGCGGAUAAAACAGAUGAGAAAUUCCACCGGCGCGCCUCAGUCAAAAUGGGUGUGCGCGUUAUCUAUCGCACCGAUGUGUAUCAGCAGUCCAACGGUCCGGAGAAUUUCGCUGCGCUCAUCAACAAUCAGGGCGCCUCGCCGCCAUUGACUGCGGCGCUUACAUCACCGCCCGCAACGCUUGGUGGUACUGGCGCGCUCAACGCCCAAAAUGGCAACACAACACCCGGCCUGUCUUCGAUGCUGGGCGGCAGCGGCAGCGCUGAUAGUAAUACGAGUUUUGAGGGUGCUACCACCGCCAGUUCAGCUGCAACCACACAAAGUCACGCCAAGCCGCGUAAGUCGGAGCGUGGCGAUUCGUUUCCCAAGCUGCGCCUCUCACCCAAGUCUUUUCGCUUUAGCGGUCGCUUUGGACGCAGUAAAAGCGAGAUUGAGAAGUGUCCUAGCGAUCCGUUCUACAAUUAUAGUAAAUCGUUUCAAGAGUACGAUUGCACUGCUAUUGCCGGUGGCAUCGGCGCUGUCGGCGUUGGUGGCAUUAGCGGCGCACCACUCACCGCCUCGCCGGGUGGCGGCUGCACGGUCGGUGGUGUGAUUGGCGGUAAUGCAGCAUGUGCGCUUAGCGGCGGCGGUGGCGGUGGACCACAGGGUGCCGUGGACAAGCCAUUCCUCUUGCAGGAUGGACGUGUCGGCUUGCGGGCAAGCCUCGAUAAGGCCUGGUAUACGCAUGGUGAGGAUGUCUGCGUGACGGUGAACAUCAAGAAUGACAGCCGCAAGACGGUGCGGAAAGUUCGGGUGUGCGCUAUUCAACAUGUCGACGUCUGUAUGUUCAACAAUGGGAAAUUCAAAAAUAUUGUCGCCGACUCGGACACCUCGCCCGUGGACCGUACAGUAGCGCCCGGCAGCACGUUGAACACCACAAUUAUACUAAAGCCACAACGUGGUCAAACGAAAAACUGGAUAGCGCUCGAAGACACACUGCAGCGCAGCACAGAGCCCGAAGAGAUCACCGGCGUCAUUGCUGCCUCAGCGAUACGCUCACCAAAUCUUAUACUUGCGCCUGGACAGGCCAUUAACCCUUGCCACAGUCCGGCUGUGGGCAUACCGCAACCGAGCGGUUAUCAUGGACACGGUGUGUCCGGCGUUGUGGGCGACGAUCGCAAUGUCUUCGCCAUUUAUGUAUCCUACUAUGUGAAGGUCAAAUUGACCCUGAGCGGCAUGGGCGGCGAACUGUCGCUGAAGUUACCAUUCGUGCUAGUACAUGUCGAAGAGCCUCGUGUGGAACACAGAGUGGAACGACUUGCGCUAGACGAUGUGCCGGCUGGCAAACGUAACGGCAACAAAACAAAAAGCGUUGCCGGCACAUCGACGUCCAGCAUAACGGGAACUACGCCACGCAAAGACGGCAAUGGACGUCUCAGUGCGCAUCCGAAGCAACUUGAUCGCAUCGAAUCGGUAGACGAUGAGAUACGUUUGCCAAUACCGGAGGCAGCUGGGCCAACUACUGCGCUAACUGCCACCAGCAAGCGCAAGCUUGUUCGCAGCGAAACAUUAGCAAAAGAUUUGGACGAGGAAAUCGAAGAGCAAACAGAGACAGAAGCGACAAAAGCAACGCUAAGCACCGAGGAGAGUUUGCCGCAUGACGGAGAAGAGCUGGAGCAGGUGCACAUAGUGCAAAUACACUCACAUGCAGCGGAGAGCAUUGAAAAAGAAACGGUGGAGGGCAUGCAAGAGGAAUCAGACAAAAAAGAGCAGGAAAUUGUAGAGUCUGCGGAACCAGAGGAAGAUAUAAAGCAGUCACAAGAUGUAGCAGGAAAUGAUGAAGCAGAAGAUGAAGAAAAAGUGGAGCCAGAUUCAAGCGCAGUGGAAGAGACGCCUAACGUCGAUGAUGAGCAUCACCCUCAUGCGUCCCAUGUGUGAUUCUCAUUUCUGCGCGGCAUGUUUCACAAGAAACGCCAUACAAAGUGAAGUACUUAGCAGAGGCAUAGUCGCUAUAAAAAGUAAGUAUUUUUCUCUGGAUAUGAAGGGAAACCAAGAGGC